AUGCGCGGAUUUGGGCAGAAAAAGCCCAAAAUAAGUUUGGCUCUACGCGCGGCCGCAAUACAACAGCAUAUGGAAAUACGAAUGGGUGAAAAUUUCGAUCCAAUUAUAAAGCCAAAAACUCCGAAAAAGAUUACGAAACCUGCCGCCCCAAAACAACAUAAAUGUUCAUGUCAUCAUCAACAUUUUAACCCAAUACCUACAAAUUCGAUAUUUGAAUCAGAAACUGUACAGUCAAAACAAAAAAAUUAUAAUAAAAAUCUUACUCUUGCAGAAAAACUUGGACUUGUAGAACCACCACCAGCUCCACUAACAGAUGAACAAUUCGAAACUGUUAAAAUUGAAGCAGAAAAACGUGGAUUUUUCAAUGAAGUUUGUCCAAUUUGUCUUGAAAAAUUUGGUCCUGACAAUAUGGUAUUACUUUCAUGUUCACAUCUUCUUCAUGCAACAUGUUUGAUGAAUUUUAGAAAAUUUUCUCGAGGUCAGGAAAAUAGAUGUCCAGUUUGUCGUCAGCCAUACGAAUUUGUUCGCGUUAAAGCUGAAUCAGCUUAUAAUGAACGCUGUGCAACUACAAUUCAGCGAGUUUUUCGAGGAUUUUUAGUUCGUAAUAAACUAGGUGAACUAGCUCCAGAAGGAACAGAACUACAUCGCAAAUGGGUACUUAACAAGGCUCAUCUUGCUAGUGAUAUGCUUGUCAGUGCUGUUGAUAGACAAUCUGACGCAAUUGAUGCCGUUCUUGGAUCUAUUGAUCACGACCUUGAAUGGGCACGUAAUGUCAUGAAAGCAGCCGAAGAACAAGGCAGGCAAAUUGAUUGGGACGUUGUCAAAGAAACUGCAAUGAAUCAUGGUGGAUUCGGAGAUUGCCCUGUCUGUUUGAGACAAUUGAAGCCAGGAGAUUCUUCUGUUACUUCUUGUGGCCAUAUUUUCCAUACAACUUGCUUGCAAUCAUGGGUUUCUUUCUGCGAAGGCGAAAAGAAACCACUUUCAUGUCCUUGCUGCAGAUCUCCAUUCCAAUACAAACCAUGGAUCGAGAAAGUCAAAGAAGAGAAAGACGAAAAAGAAGAAGAACCACAAAAUGACGACGAAAAACCUUUGCAGCCUUUGAAAGAAAGCAAACCGAAACCAAAACCUAAGAAACAACUACCAAAGAGAAGUGGUUGGAGAUAG